AUGAGCACCGAAACUCGCCAGUUCGGCGACCUCGCAACUCAGCUCGUCACCGAAUCUCGACGCUCUACGUCCACCGACACCCUUCUUAAAUACAAUGACCUCCUCGUGCGCACCAUCGUGCGCGAACAGCGCUCACUCGAAACGCUCAUCGCGACCGCCAUCGACGCGCAGGCCGCCGACGCGUUCACGGGCGACGCGCCUGCGCUCCUGCUAUAUCAGACCGCGAUCCUCCGCAACAAGCGAUGUCUACUCGCGUACCAUGCCCAUCGACUCGAUCGCCUACGCGAUCUCUAUUGGGCCGCGGGCGGCGCGCUGCCACACCUGCUCGGCAACGCCGACCUGCGCGCGCGCCUGUCCCCCCACGAGGUCGAUUUUCUGCGCGCGUACGGCGCGUCGGUGAUGGAGUACCGUGGAGAUUUUAGCAACGAGUUGGAUAUCAUGGCGAGCGUUGUUAACCCGCCAAAGGAUCUUCACGUGCUCGUGCGCGUAGUGAGGGAUUGUGGGGUUAUACAGACGGAGCUGGGGAGCAUCGAUUUCAAGAAGGGGCAGAGGUUCAUGGUGCGUCGGGCGGAUAUUGAGCAUCUGAUCACGCAAGGGUAUCUGGAGGAAGUUUGA